UCAAGAGAGCCAUGAAAGCAGAGAAAAGGGAGAGAACAGCACAACACAAACUGGAUAGGUUUUUGCUUUCAUAUCGGAACUCCCCUCAGGCCACUACGGGACAGAGUCCGGCUCAGCUUUUGUUGGGUAGAAACAUCAAGUCAAGACUGGACUUGGUUAAACCAAGUGUGGAACGGGAAGUCAACAGCAAACUGAUACAAAACGAAUAUCGUCCGCCAAAGGGUUUUGCCAAAGGACAAGCGAUCUGGUUUAGAAAUUACCAUCUGGGCCCCAAGUGGCUUGUCGGAACCGUCGAGGACCAAACUGGACCGGUGUCCUACAGAGUGGCAACGCCUACCAGAACACACAGGUUACACGCGGACCAAAUGAGAUCAGGGCCACAUCCUGAGGGAGUCCCUAGCAAGGAUACAGGUUCAAAGACAGAAGAGGUAGCGUUGUCUCAGCCAUUACCAGGGCGAGAGCCAGUAACUGGGCAAGAGGGGGAAACACAGACACAACAAGAAAUGGACAGCAGACAGGAAGCUCCUAACGAAUGUCAGAUACCAGAGCCACCCACACCAGUACCAGAAGGAGGAAAUGCCACAUGUACCAGGUCAGGGCGGAGAGUACUACCACCCGCUCGCUUGGCAGAAUAUGUUACGGACUAUGCAAAGUGAUUGGUUGUUUUAGCACUAGUUUUAGCGCUGUUGGGUUGCGUUGUUUCAGAAUAGCACAGGGGGUGUAGAGUAGUGGCCCGGCAUAUCCGGGGAACAGCAGUUGUGUAGCCGGGUACUGUACUUGUGCAACGGACGUGAGACUGGAAGUCUAACAGAGUAUUACCGUGAGUA